AUGGGCCGCAAGAAGAAAACAAGAUAUGCGUUUGCAGCAGUGAAGAAGGAUUCUCUCCAGCUCCGAAGAUCAGGCAAGAAGCAAAGACUGGAAACGGUGCAGGAUGCGCAGCCAGGCUGUUCUUCGUGGGAGGACCAACAAAAGUUCACCAUUAGCAGCACUAGCAGCAGCUCCGACGAUUCCAGUGGUGAGGAGUGUAAAGCAGACACCAGAAUUAUGUCUAUGGCCAGCAUAAAUCACAACUUGAAGGAGGCAGCAGUGUGUCGAGUGUGCAAAAAGGGAUCAAUCCAACUGAAGGAACGUGGCCAACGGCAUGGAUUUGGAACACGUUUGGCAUUGUUGUGCAGCAAUAGGAAGUGCAAGAAAACAUAUAAAAUAAAUUCCUCAUCUUUUCAUAGCAGCCGUAAGACAGGCAAACAAUAUGACAUCAAUAAGAAGGUCAUCUUUGCGAUGAGGUGCAUUGGACGCGGCAGACGAGGACUGCUAAAGUUUGCCAGCAUCUGUGAUAUGCCAAAACCUCUGAGCCCAGGACCCUAUAGUAGGUUAAGUAAAGAAAUGGCAACUCGACUAGACGAUGACCUUCUUGAGGAGGUUCUUUUAAAAUCUGCAAUAGAAGUCAAACAAAUGAAAGUUUCAGCCGGUGGUGCUUGCAGCUCAGAGCAAGCCAAAAUUGUUCUACACAAUGAAACGGCGAUGCAAGAGCUGGUUGUCGACAUUGCAGUUCAUGUCAGUCGAUGGCUCAUGGCUGAGGAGAGGGUUUUCCUCGCGGCACGGCCAGACUGUCACCUGAAUCACUUUGGCAGUGCUGGGAGCAUGGAGGCACAGGGUGCCAAAAUCCUGUGGGAGAGAAGCGUCGAGAAAUAUGGUCUCCGCUAUACGACAUUUGUCGGUGAUGGUGACAGCUCUGCAUUCUCAAUGAUAGAGAAGU